AUGUCGGCGAUAAGGGGCUGCAAGGGGGAGGCGGCGGCGGAGCUGCACGUUCUGGCCGUUGACGACAGCUCCGUCGAUCGCCGCCUCAUCGAGAGGUUGUUAAGGGCUUCCUCCUACCGCGGUACGCCGCAGAACCUCUCUCUGUCUCUCUCUCUCUCUAUACCUCCCUCCGGAUGAUUCUAAGAUCCCUCUCGAUCCUGAUUAUCCUCUUCAGUGACGACGGUGGACAGCGGGAAGCGGGCAUUGGAGCUCCUAGGAUUGGGGAAGGAGAACAAUACCUCUUCUAAGGUUCUCCCUUUCUCGCUCUCGCUCUCGCUCUCGCUCUCUCUCUCUCUCUCUCUCUCUCUCUCUCUCUCUUUCUCUCUCUCUCUCUCUUCUCUCCGACGUCUUCCUCAUGGUCCAAGGUUCUUUUGUUCUCAGGGGCCAAAGGUGAACAUGAUCAUAACGGACUACUGCAUGCCAGGGAUGACCGGCUACGACCUGCUGAAGGUGGUCAAGGUACACCUUCUCCUCCUCGCCGGCGGCCGGAUAUUUUAUAUAAAUGGGCGUGAUCUGUGAACUGAAUCUGGUCUCAUUUUGCUGUAAAAGGAAUCGUCGGCGUUGAGGGAGAUCCCCGUGGUGAUCGUCUCCUCCGAGAACGUCCCCAACCGGAUCAGCCGGUGCCUGGAGGAAGGAGCAGAAGAUUUCCUCCUCAAGCCGCUCCGUCCUGCCGACGUCUCCCGCCUCCGCAGCCGCAUCGACGGCUCCACCAGCUAG